AUGGAUCCAGAAUGGCAACCCCCCGUCAAAGAAAUCAACGGCGUGAAUCUAGCUAAUUACUUUCCUCAUCAACGUUCACACAAUUCCAUCGUAUUUAUACACAAGAGAUACUUCGACGAUAACAAACAUAACGAAGCCAAAAAAGAAAAAAACAAACCAAAAAAAGAUUUAAAACAAGUCAAGUAUGACAAAAGUCAACAGUUCAACAGUGACAAGAACACUGAAGUCUCAAACAAUAAUAGAACAUAUAAGAUUAGUAAUACUAAUGAUUCCGUACUUGAUCAUACUAUUAAGUUUGCUAAAACUUUGGUGCCGUUAGUUAUACCGCCCAGUGAAGAUAAUCUCCCAGUAUUCUAUACAAUAAAGUCAACAAAAAAGCACAGGAAAAAAGAAAAGAAACCUCAAGAAACAAGUUUUGAACACCCAGCUCCGACCUAUGACCGAACAGAACCUAAAAAGGUUAUAGAAACUUAUAGAAAGGCACGAAAAGAUUUUAGUGUCAAGGAGACUGCUAGUCAUUGCUCGACCAACACUUUAGAUGAUUUGAACAUAAACCAAUCAUUGUGUUGCACAUUUUCUGAAGUAUCAGAAAAGAAAUAUCAUAAGAAAGAUAAAUCUCAUACCAAGAAACUUCAUGAUAAACAAAAGUUUAUUGUUUCUGAAUCAUUCGAGGCUUUAGCUACCGAGACUCCAGGAGACUCUAAGAUCAAAAUACAUCUUAUGAACGAAAAAGAUAAGAAUUAUCUUAGCGACAGUAUCAAAACACCUAUUCUGACCGCGAUUAGAGAAUGCAUAUCGGAAUUGAGCAAUUGCAACUCCGACUCCGGUCUGACUACAGUGCAAAAGAUUCUAAAGUGCAACACAAGCAAACUAGAUACGAUUCUAGAAAGAAUUACAUGCAUUGAAAAGAGAUUGGAUAUACGUGACAGUGAGAAGAAAACUGAUUUACAGGCGAUAGAAAAGAAACUGUUGCCUCGAAUUCAGAUGUCUAGAAGUAAAACAUCUGCGUUGGAGGAGUUGGAGGAAGAUAUGACUGAAACGAAAGAAGAUUACAGUUCUGAAGAAGAACUUCAUCAGGAGAUGUUGGAUAGGAGAAGUAAGAGUGCAGUUAUAGAAUUAGUGUCAGAAGAUAGGUCGGAAAAAAAAGCCUCAAGCUUGGGAGGUGGUGAAGUUGGAGGCAUGAAGGAGUCUACAGUAGGCAUCAAACCUGAUCGUCCAAAUAGGAUCCCAACUAGAUUUUGUUGGACCGACGCCGCGAGGAAGUAA